AUGUUCAUAGCCGGCAUAGUGCUUCUGAAUACCGAGGGCACGAGCGCAUUCAUCGCACUCAUCUGCCUGGGUGCGCUGGCUUUCAUCCCUGGCGCCUAUUACUGUCGUUUCAACAGUGGAACUGAGGAUGAGGUGUCCAUGAAGUACCAGCACAAGAAUGCAUGUUUAGAAGGGAUAAUGAACAUCCCCUUGGCCAUGCCUGGGCACUCUGAGGCCCUUGCUGCAGUCAUGCUCUGGAAAUUGGAGGCCCUUGUGGUUCAUUACGAGAUUCGCGAGGACCUCUGGCAUGUCUUUAACCUUGUGCGGACGGGGGACAAGGUGGCGGCCACAACCUACCGCAAGGUCCAGCGGGACACGGGGAUGGGCACAGACAGCGAGCGCAUCAAGCUCAGGCUCAUGAUCCAGGUGGAGGACAUCGACUACGAUGCAGCAGGGGAGGAGAUCCGGCUGAAGGGCAGGAACCUGACGGAGAAUGAGCACGUGAAGCUGGGCGCCUACCACACGCUGGAGCUGCGGCGCCAGGCAGCCUUCACCCUGGAGAAGGAGGUGUGGGACGGCGUGGACCUGGACCGCAUCGCCGCCGCCUCAGACCCCGCCGCCUCGGCCGACCUGGCCGUGCUGCUGGUGGGGGAGGGUCUGGCUAACCUGUCCCUGGUGGGGGCCAACGCCACAGCAGUACUGCAGCAUGUCGACUGGGAUGUGGUCAAGUGCUUGGUGGUGGCCGGCCCCGGUUUCGUAAAGGACCAGUUCCUGGAGUUCCUCUUUGCAGAGGCGCAGCGGAGGGAGGACAAGGUACUGAUGGCGGCCCGCUCCAAGAUCGUGGUGGCCCCGGCCUCCACCGCCUUCCAGCACUCGCUGAAGGAGGUCCUGGCGGUGCCGGCGGACACCAAGGCCGCCAAGGAGGUGGCAGCCAUGGCCGACUUCUACGCCAUGAUGUCCAGCGACCCCGCGCGCGCUUUCUAUGGGCCAGGCCACGUCUGGGCGGCGCACGAGGUGGGUGCCAUCGCCACGCUGCUCAUCUCCGAGGGCCUCUUCCGCACCAGCGACGUGGCGGCACGAAGAAAGUAUGUCGCGCUGGUGGACGAAGUCGCGGCAGGUGGCGGCCAGGUCAUGCUGUUCUCGGACAUGCAUGGCUCAGGCCAGCAGCUGCAGGCGCUGACCGGCCUGGCGGCCAUCCUGAGGUUCCCCCUUCCCGAGCUAGAGGACACCCUCAUGGACGAGGGUGUGGCUGUCAUCUGA